AUGACCGCACUUUCCAGCUUUAUUCAAAUAUCCGACGCUCUCAUUGAAUUCAAUGCGGAGAUAUGCGGAGAAUCCCUAGCGAACUCCUCCGUACACUCACUUGAGGUUCAUAAGGAGGAACUUAGAGCGAUUUGGAGUCGCGUUAAACCUUGUUAUGAAGCCAGUCUUAAGGAAUUACUGGACUCUCCGGACGAUAACACUAGGCUUGAUGUUGAGACAUUAAAGUCUAGAUAUCAGUCCACAUAUCAGACCUACGUCAACAGCAUAGCAAGGAUAAGCGAAUAUAUCGAGUCUAAAAGAGCUCCUCCUGCCCCGAGUUCGAGUCAUGUUUCCCCUGGGGCAUCAUACAUGCCAAGUGUCCAUCUUCCUCCUUGUGACACGGAUCCAUUCGGUGGAGACUAUUUAUCUUGGCCAACAUUUCGUGAUCUAUUCACAGCCAUCUAUAUCAAUAACCCCCGAUUGUCCCCAGUUGAGAAACUUUUUCACUUAAAUUCUAAGACACGGGGAGAGGCCAAGGAGGUAGUAAGGAAGGCUCCUCUUACGAAUGAGGGUUUUGAAGUUGCUUGGAAGGCACUUCAACAUCGAUUUGAAAAUAAAAGGCUCUUGAUAAACAGUCAGCUCAGAUCUCUUUUUAAUAUUCCAAAGAGCAAUGAUGAAUCGGGGUCUUCGAUAAAGGACAUUCAAAGCACCAUUAAUGGCGCUAUUUCGGCCCUCAGUCUUUAUAAAGUUGAGAUUUCAAGCUGGGACCCAAUUUUCGUUUAUUUGUGCUGCACCCGAUUAUCGGAGACCACGUUGUCCAUUUGGGAACAAUCGCUUACCAAUAAGACUGAGAGUCCAACAUGGAAGGAAAUGGAUGCCUUCCUCACUAAUCGCUUCCAGACUCUUGAAACUGUGGGCGAUUUCAACCAGCCUUCAGGUUUGAAUUCCGGCCAUUCUCAGACGUCUGAGAAGUCCAAGGCGGUACCGAAACUACCGAAUCUUAGGCGUGUCAAUUCCUACCAAAAUAGUUUGGCUGCUCCACACUGUAAACUAUGCCCGGAACAGGUCCACACAAUUCGAUUAUGUCCUAAAUUUUUAAAUUUAGGUUACCAGGACAAGGUUUCACACAUCAGGAAGUACAAUUUAUGCCUUAACUGUUUUGGAAAAGGUCAUAAUGUGAAGGCUUGCAAGAGUGCAUUCAAUUGUUUAAAGUGCCAGAAAAGGCACAACACAUUGCUCCAUCGGAAUGAGGCCAACCCUCCUCCAACUGGGGAUUCGGGGGCUCAGUCUGGAUCUUCAAGCACCCAGUCGGUUAGCACGGAUGGUGCUGAGGUUUCACAACCGACAUCCGUACAGGUACCUCCCGAUACAAUUCACUCUUGUACGGCAACUACUUCCAAGAUGGUUCUGCUUGGAACUGCCAUGGUGGACAUUGUUCACCACGGAGAGCAUUUUAGGGCACGGGCGCUUUUCGAUUCCGGGUCGGAAGCUUCAUUUAUUUCCGAACAUUUGUUCAAUCUCCUUAAGUUGCCAUGUAGUCCCACUUCUGCACAGAUUUCUGGGUUAAACGGGGCAGUAUCGGCCAAAUCUCAGAAGAUAUGUUCGUUUGUCAUUUCAUCUCCCAUUGAUGAUCAGGUUUCCUUGAGAAUGACGGCGAUAGUUCUUCCCACUUUGACUUCAUGCCUGCCCACCUUUACGGCGUCCCGUGACAUGUUUCGAAAUCUCCCUGACAUUUGUUUAGCAGAUCCUGAGUUCUAUCGAACGAAUUAUGUAGAUCUUUUAAUCGGAUCGGACUUGCUUCCACUGGUUAUGUUGGGGGGCAUUCGGACGAAUGUGUGUCAUUCACUCAUGGCCCAGGAGACCAUUUUCGGGUGGAUCCUAACGGGCCCUGUCCAGCCACAGUCGUUAUCAUCAUUUCGUACUGGCGUUUCCUAUUCCGACGAGAUGUCAUUGGAGAGUCGAAUCACCAAAUUUUGGGAGAUGGAAGAUCUUCCUCGACGGAAGUCAAUGUCCGACGGCGAUAGAUUUUGCGAAGAGAAUUAUAAAUUGACCACAAGGCGAGAUCCAAACGGUCGGUAUAUAGUUACUCUUCCCUUUAAAGCUGAAUUUCCUACCACAGUUCAGCUGGGUCAGUCCAAGAGUAUUGCAACAGCCCAGUUCAUACGAAAUGAAUCCCGUCUCAUGAGGACUCCAAGCUUUAAGGAGCAAUAUGAUAGUGUUCUUUUGGAAUAUCUCCACUUAAAUCAUAUGCGUCCUAUUACCUCUUCGAAUUUCGAGAAAUUUUCCUGUCACUACUAUUUGCCACACCACGCUGUGGUUCGACCUCAUAGCGUUACGACCAAGGUCCGUGUGGUCUUUAACGCUUCGAACCCAACUUCCAACGGGGUUAGUCUGAACGACGUCCUUUACUGUGGCCCACCUUUACAGAGUGAUUUGACUCUCCUCCUUCUCCAAUGGCGUUUUUAUCGUGUGGUAUUCAAUAGUGACAUCGAGAAAAUGUAUCGACAGAUCCUUGUCGAUGAAAAGCAUACACCGUUCCAAAGGGUAUUGCAUCGAAAGUCUCCGCAGGAUGAUAUUCAUGAGUACGAGCUUAAGACCGUGACAUUCGGCUUAAAUUGUGCUCCCUAUCUGGCAAUCCGCACCCUUCAGCAGUUGGCUGAGGACGUGAAAGCCAUUUAUCCCAUAGCCAGUCGAAUUCUUAAUUCCCAGAUGUACGUCGACGACGUCUUGGGAGGGAGUUACGAUGUUGAAUCAGCAGUGAGGGCUAAGGCUCAACUGAUUAGGGCUCUAGAGUCGGCGGGUUUUAUUUUACGCAAAUGGACUUCUAAUUCCAAGGAUUUCAUUGAGACCCUUCCGAAAGAGCACCUUCUUGACGGUGAAUUUCUUAACUUUGACGACCAUAGCUCUACGAAGACGCUGGGGUUUAAUGUUACGCCUACUACGAAUGCAAUUUUGGAUACCCAAGGCGAAAAAUCUCAUAAAGAACGUAAUCCAUCAAUGUAA